GAUUUGGUGCCACCGGCAACGCAACCGAAGCAGAGAAAAUACCUAACUUCUCAACCCACCAAGAGCCAGCAGCAGUAAAGAAAAAAAAAAUUGAAUUUAGAUCACGAUAUUUAACGUAAGACACAUUACACACAUCACACACCUUCAUUCUCCCACUUCUCUUCACAACCUUAUUCUUUCGAUUCAGUCUUAGAAUGACCGUUUUAUAAACUCCCUUAAACCAUGACCGUGGGAGAUAGUCAUCAUUGAGUCCUAGAAGAACGAAAAAAGCAAACUUUAUCACACAUCACAACACCCAAGGUCCUUGUGGUUGAUGGGUAGGAGGGGAAUCCAAUUAUUUGAUGAGAAAAGAGAUGGGUUUUUCUCUGUCAACAAUUUGGGGUUUGAAUCUGAAAAUGGGUACUAUCACCCUGGAGGUUUGUUUGCCAGCGUUGGUCAAAUGGGAAUGGGGUUUGGGGUGCAACCCAAUAACCCUUCUGAUUCACGCGACAAUGGUGGCCUGAAACUGCCCUUUAACGAAUUGUUCCUCAAGUAUGUUCAAUCGCAGGGUAAAGAUGAGGUUGUUGAGGAAAGGGUUAAGAGCAAGAAGAAAAGAAGUGGCCUUUCACUCAAAAUUAAGAUCAGGAACCCUUCUUUGAGAAGGUUGUUUAGUGGAGCAGUUGCAGGGGCUGUGUCUCGCACUGCAGUGGCACCAUUGGAGACUAUAAGGACUCACUUAAUGGUGGGGAGUAGUGGCCAUUCUACCACUGAAGUGUUCAACAAUAUUAUGAAAACUGAUGGGUGGAAGGGAUUGUUUAGGGGUAACCUUGUUAAUGUUAUUCGGGUUGCUCCUAGCAAGGCCAUUGAGCUAUUUGCUUACGACACAGUAAACAAGAACCUAUCCCCAAAGCCCGGGGAGCAGUCCAAACUCCCAAUUCCUGCAUCAUUGAUUGCAGGUGCAUGUGCUGGAGUGAGUUCAACUAUAUGCACAUAUCCUCUUGAAUUACUCAAGACUCGACUAACUAUCCAGAGAGGUGUUUACGAUGGUCUGCUCGAUGCAUUCUUGAAAAUAGUUCAAGAAGAGGGUCCUGCAGAACUUUAUAGGGGCCUCGCACCUAGUCUUAUUGGAGUUAUUCCAUAUUCUGCUACCAAUUACUUUGCCUACGACACUUUGCGGAAGGCAUACCGGAAAAUUUUUAAACAAGAGAAGAUUGGCAACAUUGAAACCCUUUUGAUUGGUUCAGCAGCUGGUGCUAUUUCUAGUAGUGCAACUUUUCCACUCGAGGUGGCUCGCAAGCAUAUGCAAGUUGGAGCUCUCAGUGGAAGGCAGGUUUACAAGAAUGUGGUUCAUGCCCUUGCAAGCAUACUAGAACAAGAAGGGAUUCAAGGUUUAUAUAGAGGGCUGGGACCGAGUUGCAUGAAGUUGGUGCCAGCCGCCGGAAUAUCUUUCAUGUGCUACGAAGCAUGCAAGAGGAUACUGGUAGAUAACGAGGAUGAGGAAUAGGAUGAGUUGAAGUACUUGGUUUCCAUUGAGGUCAAGAGGCAGGACUGCAUACUCUGUUUAUGCAUAUUCAGUUAACUUAUUUUGGAUUUCUUUUGAUGUUACUGAAUUUUUUCCAUGCAUAUUCGGUUAACUUUUCCCCUUCAUAAAUCCAUUUAUAAUUGAGAAUGGAAUAAUGAUUUUUCGUUUAUAUAAGUUAGCAUUUCAUUGUUGUGUCUUGGCUUUCUCGUGGCUUAACUGCUCAUCUUUAAGGUCAAAAUCAAUUGUCACAA